GCAGCCAAUAGGGUUGUGUUGAUAAGGCUUUACGAGGCGAUUGGUAGCUACAGCUAUUGUGACAGAAAGGGUCUAAUUCGACGGUGAAUGGCAGCAAUGAGUCAUCUUAGGCUUCUCCUUUUGCUGUCGGUCGGUGUCACAGUGAGCCCAGUUCUGGAUCUACAGAAGAGAAUCAUUGGAGGUCAACCAUGUGAGCGUCAGUACCACGUCAAACUGAGAGUUGCUGCCGGUAAAUCUUCCAAAUUGUGUGGUGGCUCUCUGAUCAGUGACCGGUGGAUUUUAACUGCAGCUCACUGUUUGAAGCCAGGAAAUAUGUUCGCAGAUUUAAGUGUGCAUCCAGGAGGUCCGGCGCAAGAAGUGCAAAUAACAGCAGAACCUGUGAUCUAUACAGACAACAGGACGAGGUCUCAUGAUAUCAUGCUGCUGCAGCUACCUAGCCCCUCUAACAUUCCACCUCUAGCUCUUCCUGAUUGUAACUGUCGUCCGGAAAUGUUUGAGAUUGCAGGUCACGCAGCCACUACUGGAGGCCCUAAUGAUGAAAGGAAACCCGGUGAAUCACCUACUCUCCACUGUGCAGACAUUCAUGUUGUCAACUGUGCAGACCUCAAAAAUACUUUGCAGAAAGAUUUCCGAAAGGUUUACCAAGUCAAGCUGUAUCAACACUGGUUCUGUGGCCAAACACCUAAAAUGGAUAUAUGUUAUGGAGAUUCUGGUGGAGGAGUGGUGUACAAAGACAAGAUUUAUGGCGUCAUUUCUUUUCUGGGUGACCCUGGCCAUGUGUGUAGGAGAGCAGCUGCAUUCAUGGACCUCUGCAAUCCAGAAUACGCUGCAUGGAUCAAAAAACUAUUACCUGAGGAAAAAAAGAUGUCUACAGAUGUGUUGAACUGUAAACACUCUAUCAAAAUUAAAGCUGAAUGAGAAAC